AUGGCUGAAACCGACGGUGGGCUCUUGGCUGCAGACUGGGAGAGCUGCACCAAGAUUCGGAACCGCUUCAGAAAGGAGUUCUCUUGGCUUCAAUGGCCAGUCGUGCCGGAGGUUGCCACAGAGGGGGGUGAGGAGGAGAAGGAUCGCCACCCUAUAUGCACCAAGAGCUUGGAGCUCAAUGUUGAGGCCAUUGAUCUCAUGCUAGAUUUCUACCAUGGAGGCUUCAUCGACAUCCAUCAACUUCAAAAGGAGGUUCGGGAGCUCUAUCGCUUGGUCAAGUAUGAGCCCAAAAAUGCCAAGACCGAAUCCUAUGUUGACGAUGCCAGGGUCCGCCAGCUCUUUGCCAAGAUCAAGACAAUGCGCAAAGAGUGUGUGGAGUUUAGCAUGGAUUGGCAAACAUUUGAUUCCCAUGCGCCUGUCACUGGCGAUGAUGAUGCUUAUGAAGAGAGCGGUGGCGCUGGCUCUGAAAGAGCGAUUGCACCAAAGGCAGCAGCGUCGUGUCCAGCGCCGACCGAGCCUGUCACUCAUGCCCCUGAACCAGUUGAAGCAGCACCUCCUGCAACUCUGACCAGGGCUGUAACCCCUGAUCUUUCCUCCGCUGCUGCCUCUCCUAUGGGCAGUCCAGACUCUACCAUGAAAGCGCUGGAGUGCCAACUGGCUGGGAUGAGUUUGAAUAAUGAGAUGACUCCUGAACAAAGGGCGGAACUUCUCGGUUUGCUUGACCAGAUUGAGAACUGGAGCGUGAAGCCCGCGCAGAAGUCUCCUGCGUCCAUACCUAAGCUGAGUCCUCCAACUGCUUUGCCAGCUUUGCCGGCGCCAUCGAAGAGUCAUGCAGUGGAUCCUUCGCAGGUGGAGACCCAGCCCUUGGAGCACUACAAUGAUACACAGCUCUAUCAGGUGGUGGAUGACAAGCCAACCCUUGCCACCCCAAGCCCUUUGACUAAAGAGCCUGCGGAGGUCACACCGGAGAAGGCCAAGAAGGAGGGCCAGAAACCCAAGCAAGAACGCUUUGGGAGUGGCAAGAACUGGGUGUACCUCAUCCUUGAGGACCAGUACUACGGGUGCACCAAUUGCGUAGGGAAUCCGCCGGCCUUGACCGCCAUGGGGAUUUUCAAAGAUGAGAUGUGUAUUCGCCGUAAGGGACGGCCUGAAGAGAUGGAUCCCGAAGAGAAAAGGGUGAAUGAGCGCAGCCUGGAGGCUCCGACGCGGUUGGACAACUUCAAAAGGCGGGGCAGUCUUUUCAUCUGCCCGCGGCAAAUGACAAAUGCACAUGACAUGCGUGUGGUGGUUUUUAAUGACCAUAUCGGCACAAGUCAGGUCUUGUUGAUGGUCAUCGUCUUCCUUUUCUCGAUGGAGGGACUUCCCAAAGCGCAGGUCUAUGAAGCUAUCGAAGUUUUUGCUGGCGCAGGGAUCCUGAGCAAGCUGCCCGACAACGUCUUCAAACUUUGGCUGAUCAAAAGCAUGAACAGCCUGCAUCAGCCAGCGAGGCGAAAGGUGUGGCUGAUGAGGGUGAAGAUCCAGGGCUUGCCGAUACGAAGGCGCGAUCUUUACGAAAAGAAGAUCAAGGAGUAUUGGGUCAACGUGAAAACCACUGGGGCAUAUGAGCAGGAGCAUGAGGAGUCCUUGGUGGAUCGUACUGUUGGUGAAGGGACCGCAGAAGCUUUCAACCUUGGUCUCCCAGCCGAGGGAGACGGAGCCAUGCUGCCUGAAGAGGCAGAACCUGGGGCCGACACGGAUCUUGACGAUCCUGAUUUGGAGGAUGGGAAUGCAAGUGCGGGUACGAGCAAGAUUCCAGGCAAAGCGCAGGUUGAAAGGGAAUCUGUUUUGGAGGCUGUUGAGAACGUGGGCACUGUGAUGACCAACCUCCUACGGGUUCAAACACGGAUGGAAACGCUCCGGGACCGGCUUGCAGCCACGGAUUCACCCGAAGCAAAGGCGAGCAAAAACAAGGUCGAGGGAUUCCGCACGAAAUUGAUGACCUACCAUGAUGAGCUAGCUGACCUCAAGUCAUACUUUGAUGGCCAGCAUCAUGAUGAUGUUUUUGACCAAGAGAAGCUUGAUUGUUGA